AAAAUGACAAUCGGCUGACGUUACAACAGAAUCGAUAGCGCUCAAAUGUAUCACAAUGAAAAAGAAGUCGGACGAUCUAUCCUACGCUUCUUGGAGGCGGAGAAGCACAAACCCGAUGGUCUGAAGCGGGAAGAUAUCUUCUUCACGUCGAAACUGGCUUCAAAUGUGAGCUACGAUGCCACGCGCCAAUCCAUCAAGAAAUCCAUCCAGGCUUCGGGAUUAGGAUACAUUGAUCUUUUUCUGAUCCACUCUCCCUACGGCGGCAAGGCAAAGCGUCUCGAGUGCUGGCGUGCGCUGGAAGAUGCCUAUGAAGAGAAUGAGGUUCGCGCAGUGGGUGUGAGCAACUACGGCGUCAAACACCUGCAAGAACUGUUAGCGACGAAUCCCAAAAUCUACCCGGCGGUCAACCAGAUUGAAGUCCAUCCGUUCAAUACACGAACCGAGAUAACUACGUUCUGCCAGCAGAACGGUAUUGUGGUUGAGGCAUAUGCGCCCCUUGCUCGCGCGUAUCGAUUCGGUCAUCCGACGAUUGUUUCGCUCUCGGAGAAAUAUGGAUGUACGCCGGCGCAGUUGAUGGUUCGAUGGAGUCUGCAGCAUGGUUAUGUGCCCUUGCCGAAGAGUGUUAACAAGGAGCGCAUUGUCGCUAAUGCGCGAGUCGAGGGAUUCGAAAUUGACUCGACUGAUAUGAAUACAUUGGAUGGACUAGAUGAGUAUUUGGUCACAGACUGGGAUCCAGUAGAUGCGCCGUGAACUGUUGUAUACAGUAUAUAUAGAGUUUAACUUGUAUAGCGGCAUUUAUCAUUGGACAAACCACAGCUAUAAUACCAAUUCUCCAAGGAAUAUCACAAAGAAUAAAAAGCAAUGUGACCACAAAAAAAAAGAAAGUACACUGAAUAAUCUCAUUAUCAAUGCAUUGGCUUAUCUACGGGAUCCCGGUGGCGGAGAGCCUGACGUGAGUCACUGGCUGUAGUCAGCCCUAACUUAGACCGCGCCGAGCAUCGGAGAUUUUUUUUCUCUGCAGGUUCAACCGUGUAUCAAAUAUUGCUUCUGA